AUGGGAGCUACACUUCAAAAAGGCGAGUAUAUAGCAUACCGAGACUUGUGGCCAGACCGAAUAGACAUCUUCACACUGCUUUCAUCGAUUCUAUUAAUGACGGUAACGUUGCUGAUGGUUUAUUGGCUAGGAAUGUUGUGUUAUCGGACGUUAAAUCCUGAUCGAGAAGAAAUCGAACAGAUACCAUCACCAUCUUCUGUAAGAGUUCGAAAAGAAAUGGAAUAUCUCGGUGAAGAUGAUGAUCAUGAUUCGACCCCGCUCGACUGGAAAAUUGAACGUCCCGCUCAUCUACGGUCUGAGCGUACGGCACCGUCAUCAGGGAUGCAGCCAAUAUUAUCUGACAGAGACUUGGAUAAGACUAUACGCAUCAGCAAUGCAGCCAAAGGUCUACCGCCACGCAGCCGAAGCUCAGGAGAUACGCCUCUUUCUCCACCCGUUCUUAACGUUAUAUGGGAACCUACACAGAAAGAAGAGUGGAGGAUGGAAGUCCCGCAGCGGGGAAAACACCCAGCUUCCACAAUCGGUCAUCGGCAACUAAUUUCAUCUAUCCCAGUUAUAUUAAAGAAACCGGCUCCUUCAGGGCGUGGCUACAUCGACGAGCCUGUCAUCAUAAAUUUGUAUUAUGACCCCAGUGUGCCGGGAGAAAUAAUUCACGUCCCUAAACCAAACACCGUAUUAACUAGUAACUCAAGAGGGCCGAAUGGAGAAGCAAUUUACACUGCGAUUUCCUCAGAUGCUCCUCCAUGUUUGAGUGUAACGACGACAAAAACUCGUACCAGAGUGACGGAACCAAAGCCGGGAUAUACUAAACGAGUUAUCGAGACGCAUACCACUACGAAACAAGUGACGAGAACCCCAAUAGAUCCAUCAUUAAAUGCAACUCAACCCAUGUCACCAAACCCGAACGAUAUUACCCCUACCGAAGAGAAAGACAUAAAAACGGCGGUAGAACCGCAAGUGAAAUCGGCACCAUCAGUGUCAACCAGUACAGGCGUUGGAAAAAGUACCACAAGUGCGUCCGCGAAGCCACAUGAGGAUGUUAAAGAUAGACCACUAGUAUCGACCACUAAAGAUUACGGUAAUGUGCUUGCUAUUUCAUCACAAACACGGGGUGAAAGGAUCGAAGAGAUGCCACCUUCGCUCAGAACAGCACAUUCUCCCUCAGAACUCGAGACACUUCCUCAAGUGAAAAAUCCAAAACCAUCCGAGAAGGUCAUCCUUAUGACACCAGAUGCGACCUUAGCUGCAGUAAAACCGAUCAGCAAUCGAGUAAAAUGUCAAAUAAACAGAAAUCGACCGAUCGGAAUGAAGCGCCGAAGCCGACAAAACCAUCUUCAACGUCCACUUUGUCGCAAUAAAACGAUUCAGAAGAUUAUUAAGAAGAUUGCAAUUAAGCGACACGAAACAAGGAUACUACAAGAGAUCUUGUCAGUUGUCUGUGUUCAAAUCCUCCAAUUCAAAAUGACUACUUGGUGGAAGAGCGCCGUGCAUGUGCUUUGCGUUAUUUCGGCAAUGGUGUUUAUUGUUGCUACCAUUAUGCUUGCGCUCUAUGUGAUUCGAUUAAUCUGUAAUAUGGCUAUUGAACCACCGAUUCCUGACAUAGAAUCAAGCGCUUAUAGCAAAAGCGAUCGCAGAAGAUCAAAACGAUCGGCUAGAAGUCCGAGAAGCUCAAGAAGAAGCGAUAGAAGCUCGCGACGAUCGAAACGAUCACCGUCGCGAUCCGAUCGUGAAACACCGCCUAGCAGUCGAUACCGUAUAUUUCAGAAUGACAAGGUUCGUACAGUAAAUCUAGUGCUUCGCGGACAACCGUCACACUCUUCUGGAACCGAACAGAAUGUGUCCGCCCCUUCACCUUCGAUACGACCUCAAGGCAAACCGAUUGAGUUCAGUGGACAGAAAAUACAACCAGCAGAGGUCCACGUGCGUAUGCUGGUGGAACCACGGACGAGUUUGAUUCAAGCAUUGGAUCAGAAACAAUUUGUGCCGAAAGCUCGGAAACCAUCCGUGUCACCAAAUUAUAAGAACGAAGUCGAGAAAAAAAUAGUUGAAGAAUAG